GGGUGCGCGGGCGGGCGGGCGGGCGGGCAGCGACGCCGCGGCCGCGGUCCCCAUCGGCACCGGUCACACCGCACACGCGGCCCGUCCGCGCCCCUCCUCGGCAGCGCCAGGGGCUCUUCCUCCUCCGGUACAAAGCUGCUCGCUCGGCAAAUGGCACUUCGCCCCGGAGCCGCAGUCAAAAGCAAUUUUUCUCCUUCAUUUUUAUUUUCGUUUUUCAUUAUUUUUUUCAAGCUCUUUCUUGUGAAAAAGAAUUAAUUUCCUAUACAUUUUUUUUUUUUUUUUUUUUUUGGUGCGUGCGUGCGUGUGUGUGGAAGCACCGGGCUCUCCUGCGAUCGGUGUCUGAAUGAAACUACGUAAAUGCAUAUGUCUGUACGUUGCACUGGAGGGAAAAACGGAGCACUUCUUCUGCACGAGCUUGGAUUCAAAUGUGAUUCAUCUGGUCUCCAGGAUUUUCCGUCUCUUUGGGGUUGUUCGCCUUCCCGGGCUGCGAGGCGGGAUUUUCUGAGCCUUGACACAUCUUUGGAGAUGGCUGUUAAACGGGAGUCUGGGAAAAAACAUUUGAAAUCCUAGAGAGAGAUAUUUUUUUGUGUCCCUUUCCCACCCCUUUGGUGACUUGAAGCAUCACAGCAGCCAGAAUUUAACGUUUCUGAACACUUGCGAUGUUUGGGUUCUGUUGUUGCUAUUUUUUUUUCUAGAGGAAACAUGACAGAGGAACAUAUUUAUAGUCCAAGUAAGUACUUUACAGAGGAAAUUUAGUUUGUGUAACUUAACAAAAAGCAGUGUUGAGGUUUCUAGCCUAAAGUGCAUUGGAUUAACGUCCAUCCGAGGCUGUUUAGCAGAUCGUAUUGAAUUGCAGCUUCUACGGUGCGUGUUCGUCUGCUCCUUCAUGUCCGUGUAGUUCGUCACCGAGGGGAGAAUGCACCUGAUCUUGAGUCCAUAUAAUACUUUUUAAGAUGUAUUUCAACACCAAGGAGGAGAUGGUCCUAAAGUAAAUUUAGAGUAAGUAGUAAAUGUGCACCUGGAAGUAAAGUACUUACAGCAUUUUAAUCCCUAUUUAUACCGUGCAUCUCAAAGCGAGGAGGAAACACUGAGAAGACAAAAGUACCUCCAAGAACUCCCCCACACCACCAUGAAUGAAACUGUGCCCCAUACAGUAACUGGAUUAUAAUUUUUUUUUUGUGUGUGUUACUAAUUUUAUUAUUAUUGGCUUCUUUACUUUUUGGGGUUCAUCCUGCUCCUCUUCUUCCUCUCUCCCUCCCUCUUGCUGCUUCCUCUUGGGAAUUAUGGCUCAUCCGGGGAGAAGAGGCUACGAUAACCGGGAGAUAGUGCUGAAGUACAUCCACUAUAAACUCUCACAGAGGGGAUACGACUGGGCACUACUGGGCGAGGACAGGGCACCCCUGCCUCCGGGUCUCUCUCCUCCUGCUGCUGCUGCUCCUGCGGUUGCUGCUGCUGCUGGGACUUCCUCUGAUCACACUGGGCUGGUGUCUCCACACCCCGAGCCCCCCGGCUCGGCUGCUGCUAGCCACGUGCCCCUGGCCGAGGGGCUGAGCCCUGUGCCCCAGGUUGUCCACCUUGCCCUGCGCCAGGCAGGGGACGAGUUUUCCCGCCGCUACCAGAGGGACUUUGCCCAAAUGUCCGGCCAGCUGCACCUGACCCCCUUCACGGCCAGGGGCCGCUUCGUGGCGGUGGUGGAGGAGCUGUUCCGAGACGGGGUUAACUGGGGCAGGAUCGUGGCCUUCUUCGAGUUUGGCGGCGUCAUGUGCGUGGAGAGCGUCAACCGGGAGAUGUCUACUCUUGUAGGCAGCAUCGCCGCCUGGAUGACCGAGUACCUGAACAGGCACCUGCACAACUGGAUCCAGGACAACGGAGGCUGGGAUGCCUUCGUGGAGUUGUAUGGCAACAAUAUGAGGCCUUUGUUCGAUUUCUCCUGGAUCUCUCUGAAGACUAUCCUGAGUCUGGUUCUGGUAGGAGCUUGCAUCACUCUUGGCGCUUAUCUUGGACAUAAGUAGAGUCAUCCAGUUUAUCGUGGAUUACAAAAGUCUUUCAGAAUAACAAAAUAAUAUUUUUUUUUCUGUAGCACAAUGAUAUUUUAUGAGCAAAACAACUUCCCAGCUAAAGAUUAAAUCAGCUAUUACUGCCAAAGGAAAUACCAUUUAUUUUUACAUUGCAGGAAAAUUAUUUAUUAAAAGAUAUUUACAUUUUAACCUGCUAUUUUCAGAAACUCUGCAAGUUGUAUCUGUCAUCACAUCAUGUUGUUAUUCUUAACUUUAAUGAGCCCCAAAGUCUUUUAGGUUCUCUUUCAAUUAAUGCAGCUGGCUAGAUUAUUUUAUCUUUGAAGAGCAGAUAUACUGACAAAGACCUACCUGCUUAUACAUACGAGGGCAGUUACUUGAGCUGCUAAAGGCUGUGUAAUUGUGUGGAUUUUCCUUGCAUUUUCCGGGUGGCUGGGAGGGAUCUGGAAGACAAGGUCAGCGUGAACAAAGCUCUCACCCUGCCCUGCUGGCAAGACCUGACGGAAUAAUCGAUUCAACAUGGUACAUACGUGGAGUCAGGAUGGCAACUUCUUGAAGGACACCUGGUUGUCCCUACAGGACAGCAGUCGGAAAUACAACUGCCUAUGCCUUGUAAACAUGCGUUUUCAAGUUACCAGUUGCACCAUCGCAUCAUAAUCACAGUACCCUGAUACAUGUUGACUCAAAUAAUUUUUUUUUUAACAGAAGUGUGAAGUUAAAUCUUUGGGGCUUGUAAAAAUUGUGUUCCAAUGAUUUUCUCAGCAGUAAAACAUUUUUUGUGGCUACUGACAGAGAAACAUCAGGAGACCUAAAGUGCCUGCUUCAACAGAGCAGAGCUGGAGUCUGAAGACCUGACCUGUGUCCCACUUUAGUGGGCUCGUAUCUGCAACUAAUCCUGUUUACUUACUGAGUUCCUCCAGGGGUUUGAAACCAAUUAGAUGUGGUCUCUAAAUCCCUGAAAGUUGAAAAAAAUCUUAAUUUUAUUUGGCAAGAAGCAGACCUCAGCUGAGUUACAGAUUAGCUCUGACUAUCCUUGUUUAUCAAACUGGACACCAAAAUCAAGUUCAUUUUCAUAACAGGAAAAGAAAGUGAGCUUUAUCCUCCUGCCCCUCGCCCUCAAAAUUAUUUCAUGCUAAUCAUUUCCUAAGACUGUCUGCAGAAAAGAUGAUGAAACUCAAAAUCCUCUCUCUGGACAGAGAGCCUUUGACACCUCGAUCACGCAGGUGCCUACUGUCGUUUCAAGCGAAAAUAGGGUGGAGGAAAAGGGGGGCAGUGAAGUCAUCUGCUCAUGUUACAAAAUGCAACUCGAGUAAAAUUAAUGCAGAGUACUCAGUAUACAGUUUUAUAAACAGAUCUGUGUUCUGAAACCAGAUGUGUCAAUGCAUUUUAAAGUGGGGCUUUCUAUGAGCUAGAAGGGGGCCAGGAGUCCCGACAAAGCAGAAGGAAGAGUCUGAAGCAUGUCCCAGGGGCUGCUCCGAGGCAUGGAAAUGUCCAGCUUCAAAUGUUUGUCAAGCGCGCCUAUUUUUUCUAUGAAACUUUUGAAAUCUGGGAUUUGGGGGUAAAGGCAUGUCCAGACAUGAAAGGUUGCAAAGCUCUGGAUAAAAUGUAUUAUACAAUACGUAAGUGCUCUAAGGGUGAAAAAAUACAGUGAGUAAACUGUAGAUUCAACCUCAAGGUUUCAGCCGAAUAACUUUGUGGCAUUAUAUGCAAAAUCUCUCCAUUAACUUGGGAAUGUAAUAUGUUCAAUGUUAAGGCUGUAGUUGAUGUUGUGUCUUCAAAGCUGCUUUUUUGUUUGUUUGUUUUUUUAAGAGUUGUACAUCUCAGCAUUUUUACUGCUAUUUAGUUGGGGCACCUACACUUUGUAUGAGCAAAGAUGGAGCGAGCUUAUAUUUUGAAUUUGAAAUUACUUUUGAUUUUACAGAAACAUAGAAAUGUUUCUAAGAACACAAAAAUGUGAACUAUGCUUUUGAUUACAGAAAAACGAAAAAUCUCAAUCAAACAAAAAGCACCUGCAGUGUUUUCAGAGUGCUUCUGUCAGAAGUGGGCAUGCUCAUGUAGGGUUCAUGUGAAAAAUAUUUGAAAUGGGAACAACUGAAUAUUGUGAAUUGAGUGUGGGCUUUGGUUUUUUUCAGCUUCCAAGCCGAAUUUGUCUGCAGCCAGUUUCACAACUGGAACUGGCUGGUAUUGAGCUAAUGUUUCAUUUCACAACCUAGUCUUCGUUUCAAUUUGUGCCCAUAUGCCCGUUAAAGUUCAUGAACUAUUAGACCUCAAAUUGUUUCAAUAUUGUUUAUUUUAUUAAAGGUUUACAUUGUCAAAAGUAGUAAAAGAGUAACUAUCAAUUCCAGUGCUGCUAUACUACCAGGAUAAUUUGAAUGGGUUUUAUUUUUUAAUACCUUCCAAUGGCAAAAGUUUUUUAAAGCUGCUUUAGAAAUAAUAUGAAGAAGACACAUGAUACACGUUGAAAUAAAUACUGAGGAUUUUGUGUUCUGUUGUGUCUACUCACUGGACUUCCCAGUGUCUUAGUUAAUACCCGGCAAAAAGAAGAGUCGUGAUGAUGACUGUUGAUGAUUUUAUUUUAUUAAAGAGCUAAUGGAGUUUUCCCAUUCUGACUGCAGAAUAGUACAGUAUUGUGGCUGCAUUAGGUAUAAUGAUAGUUGAUAAUACAUUUAUUAAGAAACAUAUUAGAAAACAUUGAAUGUAUAUAAAAGCUUGAACUUCUUUAAUAAAAUCCUCUCCUCUCACUCCUGCAUUUCUUUUGCAAUAAUUCCUGUCUUUCUUCUUCUCCAUCACACUUCCACAUAAGAUUUUUUUCGCACAAAAUGCCUUAUAGAUUUCCGUGCUCCAAGGCUAUGCUUCAGUCAAAGUCCAUUCUCUGUCACUAUGUAUGCACACACAGCUGACCACUCCCAGCAUAUCCAAGUUGUGACAGUAAAAAAUAAAAAAGAGGGACACUUCUGAGGCUGGUUUGAUGUCGAAGAUCAGAGGACAACAAAGGAAGAGGUCAAAAAGUGGCGGGAAGCAAAGGCAUGUCUGAAAUAUCUCCUGGGUUAAAGAGGACUGCUACCUGGAAUUCAUUCAUCUUUCAUCCUUUCCCUUGAAAAAGGAUGAUAUAAUGGCAGAAUAAAAAAUUACAGAGACUCCACAAUUUUUCUGUACUAUAAAACUUUGUUAAUUCUGAAGACAGUCUCUUGCAGAACAGGAAAUCCAUAGGAAUUUAGAAUAAAUACUUUAUUUUUCUGUAUUCGAUUUAUUUGUCAUUAAUUCUUUUUCACUCCAUUUAUUAAGAAAAUAACGAAGGAAAAUAUAUUGCUUCUGAAAAAAAAUAAUCUGUAAGAUCACCUAAGAUCUGUUAUAGAUCAGUAACGUAGGAACAGAUGGAAAACAAGGGAAAAAAUAUUGUGAGUUAAGUAUUCUGAAAUCGGAGCUGACACAGAGGAUGUUUCGUGAUGGAACAAGCACUGGAUCCACCAAAGGAGUAAUGGGGCUGUUAAGGUAACAGAGAAUAUACAGACGAGGAAAGGGGCUGGCAGAUAUGGAGCAUGACAUUGGUAUGUAAGAAAAUCUAGAGUUUUGUGUGAUGCAGGAGUUAUUCAAGAUAGUCUGAAAAUAACUUUUAAUUAAAACCAGCUACAAAUGUGUGCGCUACACAACUGCAAUUACUGAAAAUUUUCAAUUACAAAAUUACAUGUAAGCUAUUAUAAAAUUAUCCAGUCACUAUAAAAGUUUGUUGAUUUGCUGUUGUGACUGGGGAUUACACAGCCUCAGUAGGGUUGCACUAAAAAGGAACAAUUAUAGGGAAAAAAAAAUGUCUGAAACCAGAUGUGCAAGGAAACAUGAAGAUGAAGCAGUUCAAAGAAUACAGACCCGGUAACCCAGUACUUGCAUGCGUGCGUUCUCCCCAUCUGAAGCAGUGGGAGUCAGCUAUACAUAACGACUGCAUGCUUUGACCCUCAAGCAUGACACUCUGCUUAGCUGUGCACCUGCACUCCACUCCACAAACCUACAUGUCCUAUUGAUUAAAAGUAUAGUGAAGUAGCAUGUUUAAAGCCUACAGUUUUUUUUCCUCUCUCUACUUUUAAACAAGCUAGCAAAAUGAUUCAUUUUUAUUGAGUUUAUGGCUCACUACUAUAUGAAAAAUUAAACAUCUUUUGAUUUAUGAGUAUAAAAAAUCUGUCUCAUUGUGAAAGCCUAGCUUUGUUUUUCAUUCCUAUCUCUCUUUCAAACAAGGUUAAAUACAAGGAAGACAAAAGAGCUAAUUUAAUCUGUAUUUGGUUUAAAUCACACUCCUAUACUAAGUUAAUGCAGCUUCAUCACACAAUGAAAUCUGUUUCAAAAAGUUAUACAGCAUUAAAAGUUCCACAAAAACCCUGUAUAUUUUUAUAAUUUAAAUAGCAUAUUUUUUCUUUUUCUUCUGAAUAUUUGAAUUUUAAUUAUCACCAGCAUAAAUGUACAUAAGCAGAUAUUGUUUAUCCAGUACCUUUGAAUGAUGUAUGUAUGGUAAUGUAGUUUGUCAGUUUAUCAUCAUUUAAUAUGAUUAUGUUGUUCUUUGUCUUUAAAAUGUUAUAAGAACAUGCUGCCAUUAAACUUUCCAUGUCUGUCUAGUUAAUAUUGUGAAAAAAUAAUAAAGCACACUGUGAGUUA